AUGUUAACGAUACGUGUUCGCCCAAGACUAGAGAUUAACAAGUGGAGCUUGUAUCAUAACUCUACGCUGUCGACUAAAACUAUAAUCCUCGACGAAAUUGUUCUCAGUCUAUCGGCACAGAAAACUGUACAGGAGCUUUCACGUACAAGUUGGCAUCAAAUUUAUGAUCAGGAAGCUCAGACGGAACUCAAAAGUGACUUAACUACGGAGGACAGGGUGCUGUGCAACGGCACUCAGCUCAUGGCUGACAAGCGACUUGAAGAAUAUCGAAUUCCACACGCAGCUGACUUGGUAGUGAUAAGACGGCUUUUUGUAGUCGAAGGAUGGAAAAUUAUGACGGACUCGAAUCAUGACUCGUCCUCGGAUGAAGAGGAUUUCUGA